AUGUUCGACGUUGAAUUGUACAAGAAAAUGUCUCAGUUUCAAAAACUAGCUUCCAAAAACGGUGUAAACGCUUACAGCGAGUUUAUUAGAUGGUCCAAAAAUGGGAAAAUUUUAGAUGUUGGGUGUGGUGAAGGUUCGACAACGGUUGAUCUUUUGUAUCCGUUGAUAAUGGCAAAUUCUUCAAACUCCAAAUUAAUCGCGAUGGAUUUAGAAGAAGAUAUGAUUUCUGCUGCUAACGCUAGUUAUGGUCAUAUGAACAUCGAUUUUAUCCAAAUGGAUAUAACAAACAUAAACGAAAAUAACAACAAAUACAAGAAUUAUUUCGAUAACGUGUUUUCGUUCAUUUGUCUACAUUUAGUGAGCGAUUUAAUAUGGAUAAAGAAUAUAUAUGAUUUAAUGAAACGUGAUGGGCAAACUUUCUUCAUAAUUCCAGCAAAUAAUCCAGUUUUUACUGCAGUUAUGGAGCUGCGUCAUGAAGGAAAUUAUAUUGAAUAUGUUAAAAAAGUCGAGCACGUUUUCAACACUCCAUUUGCUCAAUUAAAUAAUCCUGAAGAUUGGAUUAAACCUUUAAUGGAAAAAGAAGGAUUUAAAAAUGUUAAAUGUUUCAAAUUUCCCCAAGAUUUCACUUUUGAAAGUUUCGAUUAUUUAAAAAGGUUCAUUGCAACUUUUCAAUUUUUAAUUAAGGAAAUUCCAACUGAUGAACAAGACGAUUUUAUCGAACAAGUUGCUAAUCGUAUUAUAAGAAUAUCAACUUUUGAUGAGACCACUCAAGAAAUUCAUGCAAGCUGUUUUAUUCUUGCUAUUAUUGCAGAUAAAUAA